CAAUUACAUAUAAAUAAGACUGGGAUCAUUUCCACACACAUAAGACUGGGAUAAUUUUAUGAAGAUGUUCUUCCCUCAAUGUUUGCAAGUAUUAAUUCUACUAACAGCGUUGCGUCCUCGCUGCAUUAUUGCGUCUGAUCAAACUUUCGCUCUUUGUGACGGUCAAAGGGGUUUCAUACGCUGUGAAAAUGGGUCCAAAAUCAGAAUUUUGUCUGCCAACUACGGACGGACAGAUGGCCAGGUUUGUCCAGGUGGAUCCAAUAGUACACGCACCUGUCUCUCAAAGUCGUCCGAAAUCAAGGUUAAGUGGAACUGUAAUGGCUACGCAUCUUGUCAUCUUCGAGCUUCAAGUCAAAUCUUUGGAGACCCGUGUGCAAAUUUUUCAAAAUAUUUGGAAGUCAAAUACCAUUGUGUCAGCAAUUUUCAUUUAAAAGAUUCAACUUCAAUAAUUGCUUUCAAUGCGUACAUUACAAAAACAUUGACUUUACACAGGAAUACCCCAGCCAAUGUUGUGUAUGAUGGCUUGUAUUUUAAUUACGGAAACGCAUACAAUCCUCACAACGGAAUCUUCACAGCGCCAUCUGAUGGACUAUACAUUUUUACUGUGACGAGCCAUAUUAAUCCCGGGAAGAUUUUUGACUCCGAAAUUCUUGUUAAUGUACGAAGAAAAGGUUUGGGAAAUUGCAAUAAUGAACCAAGUUCAGGAUUUGGAAACUGUGCGAACACUGUGCCUGUAAUACUAAAAUCAGGAGAUAAAGUAAAUAUUCGAACAACGAACGCAAAUUUUUUACGAGACUUAUGGUCAAGUUUCAAAGGAUGGAAGGUUUGAUAAGAUACUUGUGCAUGUAUUCAAUGCACAAUUGUUAAGUGUUAGUAA